AUGUGGAGAGUCCUGAUCGCAGGAUUUUGUACGGUUGCCGCUGCCGUUGCCCAGGAUUACGAGGUCUCGGACAUUCAGUGCAGCGGCGCGGGAUCGGCGGCCGAUCUUCUGACAGCGAAGAUCAAAAGGCCGGUCGGCUUCAGAGGCGCGCCGCUCUUCGCCGACGACAGAUCGGCGAACCCGCUCGCCGACAUUCACUGCCAGAUCAGGCCGGACCCGAGCGAUCCGCAGGAGGAUAACUACUUCCUGAAGGUGACUGACUUCUCCCGAUGCGGCAUCCUCAAGAGAAACGGAUUCAUUCACCUGCGGGUGUGGUUCCCGGCCUUCCCCGGCGUGGUGAUGCUGGCCGACCAGGAGCUGAUUCUGAUGUGCCGGCCGCCCGAGCCGACGCUGCUGAGGCACAAGGCUGCCGGUUUCGCCGGCACUUUUCCGCACGGCGCCCGGGUGUCAGGCGUGGUGGAGGAGACGCCGGGCCGGCUCGAGUACGAAGUGGCCCUUUAUCGCGAGGCCACCGGCAACGUGUCCGAUAGCUCGCAAACGGUCGAUCAGGCAGUGCCGAUCGGUACGAAGCUGCAGCUGCGCGCCCGCAUCAGCCCGGACAGCGCCUGGGGCUACAUCAAGCUGCUGGAGGUGACGGUCAGUCCCGACCCAGAUCAGCCUCACGCUCCCGGCAGCGUCGUGCUCGUGAAGGACGGCUGCAGGAACCGCGAUUUCGCAUCCAUCAUCCCGCAUCAGCCGGCGAGGUAUCGCGAGCGCAAGAACGAGGUCUUCCUCGACUUCGAGGCUUUCCUCUUGAGUUCAAUGAGGGAGCGCUCCACCCUGUGGAUUCACUCGCAGAUCAAAGCGUGCAUGGAGCCGCAGGACUGUCAGCCGGACUUCUGUCUCGACCUCUUCGAGCCCUCAGGUCACGGCAAAAAGAGGAAAAGAGCGGUCGAGGUGGAGGCGGUGGGUGAGUUCCUUCCGAAAGUCGAGCGUCUGAUCAAAAGGUACAACGACUCCACACCGUACACGAAGUUCAAGGAGAACAUCGAAUAUACCGUGAUGAUGCCAGAUGACCUGUACGACAAAGUGACGGCCGGCCUUGAAGGCAGCUGCGGCAAUUUCCUCUACGUGGCGACGGGAUUGGGCGUUCUCCUGGUGUUAUCGGCCUUUAUCAUGUGCUACUUGGCGUCGCGGCUUCACAGCCUGUCGUCGUCGAUGCAGCAAAACAAGUCCAUCGACGAGCUGGUCAGGGACCGCACCAGGAAGUACUGCGACACCACGCCCGGCUACACCGGCCGCUCGACGGUGCAAUAA